GACUGGGAGUCAAAGCACGGCAUCUACAAAACAGAUUUGCUGCAGAUGGGCGCCAAUCAUAUGUGGUUUGCAAACCGCAAUGAUGAGGGUGUCAUUCACCAUGAGUACUUCAACCCCUUCCCGGUUGAAACCAUGGCCCUCAUGCUUGCAGCCAUGAGUUGCCGACCCAGUUCUUACUAA